UUCUUACCACCCGUCUCCGUUUCUCCUUCCCCCCGCAGCACCUACCCACCGAGUAAACGAAGAUGAGCAACGAGGAGCAUCACCCCGAGGAGACUGCACCGACAUACCCCGUUGCGACACGUAUGAGGCCCGAUUCAGGUCGGCAUACCGCGCACGUCGGGCCUGAUUUGGAGGCGUACAAGGCGGCCCACGCGGUCACCGUUGGCGAAGGAUCGGACGAGUGGUGGGCAGACCAAGCGCGCAAAACUUUGCACUGGGACCGCCCUUUCCAAACUGUGCGUGCAGGAGGAUUCGAAACUGGCGAUAUCGCGUGGUUUCCGGAAGGAGGACUGAACGCCGCGUACAACUGUGUUGAUCGCUGGGCUUUCAAGGACCCGAACAGGGUUGCGAUCAUCUAUGAAGCUGACGAGCCCAAUACUGGCGCAUCCAUCACUUACGGGCAGCUUCUGCGCGAAGUCUGUUCGCUCGCCAAUGUGCUCUCGAGCACCUUCGGCGUGAAGAAGGGAGAUACAGUCAGCAUCUACCUCCCGAUGACAUAUCACGCUGCAGUGGCCUUCCUGGCCUGCGCAAGGAUCGGUGCCAUCCACUCGGUUGUAUUUGCCGGCUUCUCAGCUGAAUCAUUGCGCGACCGCAUCCGCGACUGUGGCUCUCGUGUGCUGAUCACGUCGGACGAAGGAAAGCGCGGCGGCAAGACGAUCGCCACGAAAGCCAUCGCGGACGCUGCGUUACAAUCUCUUGCCGACGAGGGUGAUAAGAUUGUUGAGCAUGUCUUGGUCAUGAAGCGGACGGGAGGCAAGGUCGCUUGGACGGAAGGCCGCGACAGCUGGUGGCACGAAGAGAUGGACAAGGUCCCCAGCUACUGUCCGCCGGUGGUCAUGGCCGCGGAGGAUCCGUUGUUCAUUCUCUACACUUCUGGAUCAACCGGAAAGCCAAAGGGCGUUGUCCAUACUACCGCUGGCUAUCUUCUUGGCGCUGCAUUGACCGUCAAAUACGUCUUCGAUGUGCACGAAACAGAUGUCUUCGCGUGCAUGGCUGAUGUUGGUUGGAUUACUGGCCACACAUACAUUGUCUACGGUCCUCUUCUGAAUGGCGUCACCACGCUCAUGUUCGAGAGCACGCCUGUUUACCCAACCCCGGCCCGAUACUGGGAAGUGGUGGCCAAGCACAAAGUGACCCAGUUCUACAGUGCGCCAACGGCUAUCCGUCUACUCAGGCGGCUUGGCUCCCACCAUGUCGACGGGCACGAUCUUUCCACUUUGCGAGUCCUCGGGAGUGUCGGCGAGCCGAUUAAUCCGGAGGCCUGGGACUGGUACAACGAAAACGUCGGGAAGGGAGAAUGUGCUGUCGUUGAUACUUUCUGGCAAACCGAAACCGGUUCGAUCGUCAUAACGCCAUUCCCGGGUGCGGUUCCGACGAAGCCGGGUUCGGCAACCGUGCCGUUCUUCGGCCAAGUGGCGGUUAUCGUCGAUGCCGUGUCCGGCGAAGUCCUCGAAGGCAACAAUGUCUCCGGUGUGCUGACGCUUUCGGUUCCGUGGCCGUCUAUCGCACGAACUAUCUGGAAGGAUCACGCCCGGUACUUGGAUACCUACAUGAAGCCGUACCCGGGUCUCUUCUAUACGGGAGACGGCGCUGCCCGGGACAAGGAUGGAUACAUCUGGAUCAAAGGGCGUGUCGAUGAUGUCAUCAAUGUCUCUGGUCACCGACUCUCCACCGCGGAGAUUGAGAGCGCGCUGAUAAUGCACAAGGGCGUCGCUGAAACUGCCGUGAUCGGUACCGCUGACGAGCUAACCGGUCAAGCGGUGUACGCUUUCGUCACAUUCAAACCCGAGUUUACCUACGACUCCGCCGACGAGGCCAGCCUCAUCAAGGAGCUUGUUCUGCAAGUUCGCAAAGUAAUUGGCCCGUUCGCAGCGCCCAAGAAGAUAUACAUCGUGCCAGACUUGCCCAAGACCCGCUCAGGCAAGAUCAUGCGCCGAAUUAUGCGUAAGAUCGUUGCUGGGGAGGGGGAUCAAUUAGGUGACUUGUCCACCGUUGCCGAACCAGGAGUCGUCGAUGUCAUCAAGGCUAAGGUGGCGGAAAGUGCUUGAGGCUUGAGUCGGGGGAUGUUUCUCUUUGGGGUCGCGAACGUUAAAUAACACAAUGUGUAUGUAAAUUAUGUCUUGUUACUUACUUAUCUGGAGCUGUUUUAAACAGUUCCUGUUACCUUCUUGGCGUCGGGAUUCACUAUGCAAGUCCUGUCGAAGUGUUCAUUUGGAUUGGGCCAAGGAUGGACGGAUAUCCGGCUAUCACUGUCAGCUGUGGGUGGUAUAUCUGGACCAGAGUGCUCACGCUCUCCAUCGUCUCUUCCCAGACAGCAGUCAGCGAUGCCAUCCAUCCCACCGGGUAUCCGAUACAUAUCCAAACACCUCCCCAGACUGCUCUCCCCGGCAUUGCUCACAUAUGCGUCGAUCCAUGUCCUGCAGGCUUUCGACAUCCAACUGCCGUUUCCGAGCUGGAUUGCGUGCCUCUUGAGCGGCCCUCUUGUCCUUACGCUCAUCGUCCAGCGGCGGGACUGGUUGGACGCACGGGCGGCGGCGAAGAAUGGCGCCACCAUGGGUCCUGUGCUUCCCGGUUGGAUUGGCGGCGUUCAGAUGUUCUUCGUCAAGAUGAUCGACAUGUAUCCGGCGGAGGGAAUGAGCAUCGUCCUUGCCAAGGACGCCUAUACUACGCGAGUGCGGUUGCUGUUCCAGAAUCGGACGAUCACAGCGGACCCUCACAACAUAAAGACAGUGCUUGCCACAGAGUUCAAUAGCUUCGAGAAAGGUUCGGAGUUCCAAGAGGUAUUGGGGCCCUUGCUUGGCACAGGAGUCUUCGCGGCGGACGGCGACAUGUGGAAGUUCCAUCGGGCCAUGACCCGUCCUUUCUUCCAUCGCGAACGGAUCAGCGAUUUCGAGCUAUUUGACCAUCACGCAGAAAACGCGAUUGGACAAUUCAAAGCAAGACUCAGAGAAGGUCAUCCUGCAGAUUUUCAGGUAAUGCUCCCUUUGCAUUGGGCUCGCACCCGCACCGCAUCUGGGCUGACCCCGGCCCAGGAUAUGGUCUCUCGUUUCACCAUGGAUGCCGCGACUACGUUCCUGUUCGGCACCAACGUGAACACUCUCGAGGCCGGGCUUCCCUACCCCUUCUAUGCCCCAGCAGCGGAACCUGCUGCAGCCGGAAAAUCUCAUCCGUCCAGCGCUUUCGCGGCUGCCUUUCAGCAGGCUCAGAUCAUUGCUUCCGCUCGGAACAGACUCGGCGAGCAUUGGCCGCUACAGGAAUUCUGGGUGGACACUAUGGAGGAGCCGAUGAGUGUUGUUCGCGCUUAUCUGGAUCCCAUACUCCGAGAAGCGAUCGAGAAAAAGAGACGCUCUGGUUCAUUCGAGAAGGCAGACGUGAAUGGGGAUCGAGAGGUGCAAGAGGGAGAGACGUUGUUGGAGCAUCUGGUCAACUAUACUGAGGAUCAUACCAUCCUCCGUGACGAAAUCCUGAACAUCACCACCGCUGGACGCGAUACCACCGCGUGCCUUCUGACAUUCACGGUGUAUAUGCUUGCAGAGCAUCCCGAGGUACUUUCCAAGUUGCGCCAGGAGAUUAUGGACAGUGUAGGCUCGACCCGAGCCCCGACCUUCGACGACUUCCGCACCAUGAAAUAUCUCCGCGCGGUUCUGAACGAGACUUUGCGACUAUAUCCACCGGUUCCUUUCAACGUCAGAACUGCCUGCAGACCUGCCCUGUUCAGAUCGAGUCCAGAUGGCCCCCCGAUUCACGUGCCAAUUGGAACGAGGGUUGUUUUCACCCCUAUCGUGAUGCACCGCCGAAAGGAUCUCUGGGGUCCAGAUGCCUUGAAAUUCGAUCCAGCCCGGUUCUUGGAUGAACGUGUUCACAAAUACCUGACUCCGAAUCCAUUCAUCUUCCUCCCGUUCAACGCUGGUCCUAGAAUCUGCCUCGGCCAACAGGUAGGACAUCUUUCUGUGUCUGGAAAAGAUGUCCCGGGCACUGAGAAAUAUUCACCUCAGUUUGCCUACCACGAAGCCUCGUUUUUCCUCGUGCGGCUCCUCCAGUCGUUCUCCGAGAUAUCCCUCGCUCCCGCAGCCCAACCUCCCGCCACCCGUCCCCCCGCCUCGUGGAAGACUGACGAUGAAAGCGGCUGGAAGAAGGAAGAGAAGAUUUGGCCGAGGUCGCACUUGACGCUUUACGUCAAUGGCGGAUUGUGGGUUACCAUGCGCGAGGCGGAGGCAGAUAAAGCAGCAGCUGGGACUUCAGGAAGCUCUUGAAAAUUUUUUCACGGAAAACACGUACCCCCCACUCUCUUUUAACUCGAGCAAAAUUCUUGUCACAAGCUCCAAUCGAACAAGCACAUGUCGAACAUUUGUCACGUGACAUCACGUGCAACAGCUCAGAUCUUCUGCUGACCAAGCAUGCCUACCCCGGCUGAACGGUUCGAAUAUGCUGAUG